CGCUCAAGUCACCACUGAACGGGACGGAGAAGCGGGUCGACCGUCACAUUUCCAGGCAGGCAGAGGCUUGGACGGGGGGUGAAUGUGAUGUACUAAAUCAGGAUCUUUUCCAUUGGGUUUCACUGACUCCCAGUUCUUUGGGAAACGAGAAGAUACCAACCGCGGUGAUCAGAACUUUGCACUGUUUUUGUGGAUAAACCUUCUGGAAGAUUUCUUGAGGGGGUACCGUGUUCUCUUCCAGUCACACCAUGGAGAACGCUCACAUCAAGAGCGUGGAGGAAGUUUAUAGUUAUUUCGACGUCAACGAGAGCACAGGACUGACCCUGGAACAGGUGAAGAAGCAGAGAGAGAAAUGGGGUACCAACGAGUUGCCUGCUGAGGAAGGAAAAUCUAUAUGGGAACUUGUCAUUGAACAGUUUGAGGAUUUACUCGUGCGGAUUCUUCUACUGGCAGCUUGUAUAUCGUUUGUUUUAGCUUGGUUUGAAGAGGGAGAGGAAACCAUCACUGCCUUUGUGGAGCCUUUUGUAAUCUUACUCAUCCUUAUAGCCAAUGCUAUUGUGGGUGUCUGGCAGGAACGCAAUGCCGAAAACGCCAUUGAAGCUCUUAAGGAGUACGAGCCAGAGAUCGCCAAAGUAUACCGUCAGGACAGAAAGGUCGUACAGAGGGUUAAAGCCAAAGACAUUGUGCCUGGAGACAUUGUUGAGGUCGCUGUGGGUGACAAGGUGCCUGCAGACAUCCGCCUCUCUGCUAUUAAGUCCACCACAUUGAGAGUAGAUCAGUCCAUCCUCACAGGUGAGUCUGUGUCCGUCAUUAAACAUACGGACCCCGUGCCGGACCCUCGCGCUGUCAAUCAGGACAAGAAGAACAUGCUGUUCUCGGGUACCAACAUUGCCGCGGGCAAAGCAGUGGGCGUAGUGGUGGCCACGGGUGUGCACACAGAGAUCGGUAAGAUCCGUGAUGAGAUGGCCUCCACCGAGCAGGAGAGGACUCCCCUGCAGCAGAAGUUGGACGAGUUCGGCGAGCAGCUUUCCAAAGUCAUCUCUCUCAUCUGCAUCGCCGUGUGGAUCAUCAACAUCGGCCACUUCAACGAUCCCGUCCACGGUGGCUCGUGGAUCCGCGGAGCAGUCUACUACUUCAAGAUCGCCGUCGCUCUGGCUGUGGCCGCCAUCCCCGAGGGUCUUCCCGCCGUCAUUACCACCUGCCUGGCUCUCGGCACCCGCCGAAUGGCAAAGAAGAACGCUAUCGUCCGCUCGCUGCCCUCUGUGGAAACUCUGGGUUGCACCUCCGUCAUUUGCUCGGACAAAACUGGCACCCUCACCACCAACCAGAUGUCCGUCUGCAGGAUGUUCGUCUUGGAUAAGGCCGAUGGAGAAAACUGCUCGCUGAAAGAGUUCACCAUCUCCGGCUCCACCUAUGCCCCUGAAGGAGACGUAUUUCUUGAUAACCGUUUGGUGAAGAGCUCUCAGUAUGAUGGACUGGUGGAGUUGGCAACCAUCUGUGCAUUGUGCAAUGAUUCCUCCCUGGAUUUUAAUGAGUCUAAAGGUGUUUAUGAAAAGGUUGGAGAAGCAACAGAGACGGCCCUCACCUGCCUGGUAGAAAAGAUGAACGUGUUUGACACUGACGUCAAAAGCCUGUCGAAGAUCGAUAGAGCAAACGCCUGCAACGCUGUGAUCAAACAGCUGAUGCAAAAAGAGUUCACACUGGAGUUCUCCAGAGACAGAAAGUCCAUGUCUGUGUUCUGCACCCCAAGCAAAUCCAAAACCAGCUCUGCUAAGAUGUUUGUCAAGGGAGCACCGGAGGGAGUGAUCGAUAGGUGCACAUACGUGCGUGUCGGGGGCUCCAGGGUUCCUCUGUCUCAGGGCAUUAAGGAAAAGAUCAUGUCUGUGAUCAAAGAGUACGGCACUGGGCGGGACACCCUGCGAUGUCUGGCGCUGGCCACCCGUGAUAACCCGCUUAAGAAAGAAGAGAUGGUUCUGUCUGAAACGGCACGCUUUGCAGACUAUGAGUCUGAUCUGACAUUCGUGGGUUGCGUUGGGAUGCUGGAUCCCCCUCGUACCGAGGUUGCCGCUUCCAUCAAGCUCUGCCGCCACGCUGGUAUCCGGGUCAUCAUGAUCACAGGUGAUAACAAGGGUACGGCCGUGGCCAUCUGCAGACGCAUCGGCAUCUUCUCGGAGGACGACGACGUUGAUCGCAUGGCCUUUACGGGUCGUGAAUUUGACGACCUUUCACCCCACGCCCAGCGAGAGGCUGUCAUGGGUGCCCGCUGCUUCGCACGAGUGGAACCUUCGCACAAGUCCAAGAUCGUCGAGUUCCUGCAGGGCUUUGAUGAAAUCACCGCCAUGACAGGAGAUGGGGUGAACGAUGCCCCCGCCCUAAAAAAGGCGGAGAUUGGCAUCGCCAUGGGCUCUGGCACUGCCGUGGCCAAGACAGCCUCGGAAAUGGUCCUCGCCGAUGACAACUUUUCAACCAUCGUGGCUGCUGUUGAGGAAGGCAGAGCUAUUUACAACAACAUGAAGCAGUUUAUCCGCUACCUCAUCUCCUCCAAUGUAGGAGAGGUCGUCUGCAUCUUCCUUACUGCCGCCUUGGGUUUCCCUGAGGCUCUCAUCCCCGUUCAGCUGCUUUGGGUGAACCUGGUCACUGACGGUUUACCUGCUACUGCUCUGGGCUUCAACCCCCCUGAUCUGGACAUCAUGAACAAACCUCCUCGCAGUGCAAAGGAGCCUCUCAUCUCUGGCUGGCUCUUCUUCAGAUAUCUGGCCAUCGGCUGUUACGUGGGUGCUGCGACCGUAGGAGCCGCGGGUUGGUGGUUCAUGAUUGCUGAGGACGGUCCAAUGGUCUCUCUUUACCAGCUGAGUCAUUUCUUGCAGUGUUCUCCUGAUAAUCCUGACUUCCAAGACCUGGAGUGCCACGUGUUCGAGUCUCCCUACCCGAUGACCAUGGCCCUGUCCGUGCUGGUCACCAUCGAAAUGUGUAACGCCCUCAACAGUCUGUCGGAGAACCAGUCUCUGGUGCGCAUGCCUCCCUGGGAAAACAUCUGGCUGCUGGGAGCCAUCUGUCUUUCCAUGUCUCUGCAUUUCCUCAUCCUCUACGUCGAGCCGUUGCCGGUCAUCUUUCAGAUCACCCCCCUGAAUGUGACCCAGUGGUUAAUGGUGCUGAAGAUCUCACUGCCUGUUAUCCUCUUGGACGAGCUGCUUAAAUUCGUGGCAAGGAACUACUUGGAGCCCGCUCGGGUGGAUUAAACCAAUCCGCCUCUGUGUUCCCUGCAGAAACCGUGAGGUUUUCUGGACUUUAGUGCAUGCGAUUGCGCAGUCCUAACAUCAUGCUAGGCCUGCAGCCAACUGUGCUACAUCUUAAUUUUAUCAUUAGUUUAGUUUAUCAAACGUUAGGAGUGAAAAAUUGCAGCUUUUUUGAGACCUGGUACUCUGGCUUGGAAAUGCUCGGCCAGGUCAAGCCCGUGAAAUUGAAUCGUUUGAAAAAACAACAACAACAGUAGUUUUAAUGGUGCAUGACCCCGAUAUAGUAAACUUUUGUAUAGAACUGCAAUACUCGAUUUGGAAAAACAUCAAAUGCCAUUACUGACAAUCUAUAAAGGCACCUUUUCUCAAACGUUUUAUGUGUAAAUUAACCAAAAUCAUGUUAUUGUCAUUUGCACAUGGGAUGUGCAAUAUGUUUUAAGGCAGAGACUCGUUUCAGGUGUGAGAUGUGUGUGUGUGACAUUGAGAGAGACUGACAGUCUUUACAGCAGUUCCCAUGACAACCAGAAGGCGGGCGCUGCCCAUUCAGUGUUGUAAUUAUUACAAUUACUUGUGGUUAAUAAAAUAUUACAUGGUU